GCAGCGCUGCGGUGUCAUGGCGCAGACGAGGCCGAGCGGAGUCGCCGUAUCAAACUUUCAUUCCUGCUCCAUUCGGUUCAUCUUCCCGGGCUGUUCUGUCUGAACUCCUCUUUUUCUGCUGGGUUCUCGCUCUGAUGAAGCCAGCGUUCUGAGCUCCACCCCCAGAUCCACGGAGAGAGAGCGGAGAUGGAGAAGCCGGUGCUGCAGACGCAGCCGUCCACCCUGCCGUUCUUCGACACGGCCCACGCCUUCAACCUGCUGCGGGGAAUCCACGAGCUGCGGGCCGAGAGGAAGUUCUUCGAUGUGACUCUGUGCGCGGAGGGCCGGGAGUUCCACUGCCACCGCACCGUGCUGGCCGCCGCCAGCACCUACUUCCGGGCCAUGUUCGCCGGCACGCUGAGGGAGAGCGCCAUGGACCGGGUGGUCCUGCACGAGGUGUCGGCAGAGCUGCUGGGCCUGCUGGUGGACUUCUGCUACACGGGCCGGGUCACCGUCACCCAGGACAACGUGGACCUCCUGCUGAAGACGGCCGACCUGUUCCAGUUCCCCUCGGUGAAGGAGGCCUGCUGCGCCUUCCUGGAGCAGCGCCUGGACGUCUCCAACUGCCUGGAGAUCCAGGACUUCGCCGAGGCCUACGCUUGCAGAGAGCUGGCCGUCAGCGCGCGCCGCUUCGUCCUCAAGAACAUCAUGGAGCUGGCCAAGGGGACUGACUUUGAGCGGUUGCCGUGGAAACGCCUGCUGGAGUUCGUGACGGACGACCAGCUCUGCGUGGACAAGGAGGAGACGGUGUACCAGAUCGCGGUGCGCUGGGUGAAGGCCGACCUGCAGCGCCGGCUGCACUACUGGCCCGAGCUGCUGCAGCAGGUCCGGCUGCCGUUCGUCCGCAGGUUCUUCCUGCUGGCCCACGUGGAGAGCGACCCCCUGGUCUACCUGUCGCCCACCUGCCUGCGCAUGGUGAACGAGGCCCGCAGCUUCCAGUCCUGCGAGUACGACCGGCACGACCGGACCUGCAGCCGCAUGCGGCCGCGGCCCAGCACGGGCCUGGCCGAGAUCCUGGUGGUGGUGGGGGGCUGCGACCAGGACUGUGACGAGCUGGUCACCGUGGACUGUUACAACCCUCAGACCGGACAGUGGCGCUACCUGGCCGAGUUCCCCGACCACCUGGGGGGCGGCUACAGCAUCGCUGCCCUCGGAAACGACAUGUACGUCACAGGCGGCUCUGACGGCUCGCGCCUCUACGACGGCGUGUGGCGCUACAAGUCCAGCGUGAACGAGUGGACGGAGGCGUCGCCCAUGCUGAAGCCGCGCGAGUACCACAGCUCGUGCGUGCUGAAGGGCCAGCUGUACGUGGUGGCCUCGGACAGCACGGAGCGCUACGACCACGCCCUGGACUGCUGGGAAGGGCUGCCGGGCAUGCUGCACGCCAUGGACAACUGCUCCACCACGGCCUGCAACGGCCGCCUGUACGCCAUCGGCUCCCUGACCGGGGAGGACACCAUGGCCGUGCAGAGCUACGACGCAGACGCCAACCGCUGGGCCAUUGUGAACUGUGGGCAGCUGCCGCCCUGGUCCUUCACGCCCAAAACCGUCACCCUCAACGGACUCAUCUACUUUGUGAGGGAUGAUUCAGCCGAGGUUGAUGUUUACAAUCCGCAAAAGAACGAGUGGGACAAAAUUAGCCCGAUGACCCAGGUCCACGUUGGAGGCAGCGUUGCAGCCCUGGGGGGAAAGCUGUACGUGUCGGGCGGCUACGACAACACGUUUGAGCUGUCUGACGUGGUGGAGGCGUACGACCCGGUCUCCUGCUCCUGGAGCCCGGCCGGGCGGCUCCCCCAGCCCACAUUCUGGCACGGCAGCGUCAGCAUCUUCCGCCAGUUCAUGCCGCUGGUGGCCAGCAGCUUCGAGCCCACGGAGCUGCCCGAGUCCAACACCAUCAGCCUGCACCGGCACCACCGCCACCAGGCUCUGCACAACCUCAACAACAACCUCAACCAGAACCAGGACGUGAACCCGGCACGCUGAGUUCCACGUGCUCUGGUGUGUUUCCCCUCGUCUGGGGGAGUUUACCUCAUCACCACAUGAAGGACAGAGAGGAGGCGAGUGUUUGCAGAGCAGUCUGAGCCUGAGACUACGAGGCUGCUGCAUCGCUGGCAGCUGCAGGCGGGGGACCGGAAACCCCCAGGCCAGACUGCUGCAAGGUUGCUUUAUUCCCCCAGCUAUUGGAACUCAUAGUUUACUCUACAAUAAGUAACGGCUCACAUGAUGGAGCUGCUCUCUUGCAGAGGUGGAUAAUCCAGGUGCCAUAAAGUAAAAAUCCAGUUCCAAAACUGAUAAUAUAAUACUUGACAGAUAAUGUAAUAUAUAUGUUCAUUUUCAAUCCAGAGUUCUACAUUUUGUGUUUUAAGAAUCUAAGAAUGUUAUAUACGCUGGAUUUGAAACACCAGAAUGACUAUUGGGUUAAAUUGCAGACUUUGAGUACCAUGUCAUAAAUUCUCAAUAAUGUAAUAAGGUAAUACAUUAUCGGUAAAAAUGUUAUAACAAUAUCCGUCAGGAUAUUUUAUUACAUUAUUGGUCAAGUUAUUACAUUAUUGGGUUUUAUUACAUUUUUGAUUGAGUUAAGUGCAAAUUUUAUUACAUUUUCAGGAAAUUAUUACAUUAUAGGGUGCUAUAGUCCUUAGUGAAAACACCUGUUCUAAAUGUACAGGCUGAUCCAGAAACAGCAGGGUUUUUACUUUAUGGCACCUUGGUUAUACCCCUCUGCAAAAAACAACCAAUUCCCAUGUUGCAAACAGCAGAAAUUGCUGUAGCAUUGUCUUCACAUGCUUCUCCGGAGGGUUGGAACAACUGCUGGACAGGGUUUUUACUUUAUGGAUUAUACACCUCUGCUCUCUUUGUUCACCAUAAAUGGAUGUUAAACCUCACCUAACAUCCAUUUGCAUCCUCCCCAGCUUGGGCCGAUAUACAGCCCUGAGCGAGCGGCACUACGUGCAAUCUUUAGGAGCAGUCGUAAAUGUUUAUAGUCAUUUUACUAAUUCAUGUAUCUGUAAAGCAGUACUGCUACUGAUGUGUCGGGGAGAUUAUCUGUGACUAAUGUACUGUGCUUCUGACGGCUUAAAUGUGUUACAGUUCAUCCCUUGUAUGGAAUUUAAAAGUGGGACUGUGCCUUGCAUUGAUGGAGGCGUAUGAAAAUGGUUACGUAAUAGUGAAAGUUGGGGAAAACCACGAUAAAUGUUGAUUUAUACUAAGCUUACAUCUACUACAGAAGAGUAUUAGGGCCAUGCAGGAGAAAAAUAAAAAUAAUAUUUUAGAGGAGGAAGAUUUUUUUUCAUUAUGCACUUCGAGAAAAAAGUUGAAAUUUUGAGGAAAAAGUUGAAAUGUCGAGAAAAGGUUGAAAUG